AUAUAUCUUAGGCCAUGCUGGGCAUGGGCAGGACGAGAACAAUUUUCAUUAUUGGCAGUACACGCUCGAUCAGUUCUAAUCAUGUGCCUCUAUGUACUCAGCCGCCGUCGUCGUCUGCCGUCUGCCUUGUUAGUUCGGGUAUUGGAGCUUUGGGCACUGGGCCAGUCAGUCAGCCAGCGCCCAGUCUCCGGUAGGCCUAUGUAUUAAAAUCCUGAACAGCGCAGAGCACAUUCAAAGUUCAACGCAGCUCUAUGCUUUCGCUAAAUUUUAGCAGCUGCGCUCCAAUAUGCGUGUGUGCAAUUGGCAAGUAAUGAUAAAUUUUAUUUCUCGCUCUUGCUUUGCGUUGUGAUUGGAAAAUUCUACGUUAGACUGGGUGAGACUCGAUCAGCACAGAAUGCUAUUAAUCUCGCAGGUUAAAGAAUGACUUUUAGUAUAAAUAGCAAAGGGCCCGUAUGAAUAAGCAUCAUAAUCAUCUUAGCAUUGUGACAAACACCACACACGGACCACAAAAUGGCAUUCAAAUUCGCAGUCUUCGCCGCCGUCGUGGCCGUCGCCAAUGCUGUCGCCAUCGGAUACCCCGGCGCCUACCACCCAGCUGCUUACCCAGCUGCCUACCCAGCCCUCGGUGUGGCCAAGGUUGCCGCUCCCCUGGCCUACCCAGCCGUCGCCAAGGUUGCCGCCCCAGUGAUCGCCAAGGCCGUCGAUGAUUAUGAUCCAAACCCACAGUACAGCUACAGCUACCACAUUGCCGAUGCCCUGACCGGAGACAACAAGGAACAGCAGGAAUCUCGCUCCGGAGAUGUUGUCACUGGAUCCUACUCCCUGGUUGAACCCGAUGGCACCCGUCGUGUCGUUGAAUACACCGCCGAUCCAGUCAACGGAUUCAACGCCGUCGUCCACCGUGAGCCACUUGCCGUCAAGGCUGUUGCCCCAGUCGCUGCCUACCCAGCCGUCGCCAAGGUUGCCGCUCCUCUGGCCUACCCAGCUGCCCACGUUGGAUACCCAGCCUACGGCAAGGCCAUCCUCGGUUAAGCACAGACCAUCCGCCUAGACAUCUCUCAUCUUACUCAGCUGUCUCUCUUACCUCCUUGUCAGUCAUUAGUUAAAAUACUAUUUAUUCUGCUCUAUCGCUAUACUUUCCAAGUCCCACUUCUCACACUUCCCAAUGGCUACAACUGUGAGUUUUCUAGUUAUUCCAAGCUCAACUGAAUGCGUGUACAAAAGAUAUACUUGUAAAUAGUAAAAAAGCAAAUCCUAGUGAGUUAAGAUACUAUGGAUUAGUGUCUUCUUCCUUGACUGUGUGACAUAGAAGAGUGUGAAACUUAUUAAAAGUAAGAAGCCGUAGUGUAACCGCACUAUGCUUUAAUAAAUGCAAUUUCUACAAAAGGAUAUAA